AUGGCAGCCGAUGCAAGGCGUCUGCUCGAAGCUGCGGUCGCAAAGAGAGAAGUUCCAGCAAUUGGCGCCUUCGUCGUCGAUGAUCAUGGAGAAUUUCUUCUCAGGGAAACCUGCGGUACGAACAACAUCGACGAUCCCGAUGCCUCGGCCUUCAAGCCGGACACGGUCCUGCAAAUGUUCUCCUGCACCAAACUUGUUACAUCCAUUGCUGCGUUACAGUUGAUGGAGCUAGGUGCACUCUCCCUCUCCGAUCCUGUGGAGAAGUAUGUGUCCCAGUUUUCGCAAUUGCAAGUUCUGGACUCUUUCACGAUAGAUGGGUCCGGGGUAUCGCAGCUCGUUCUGCGACAGCCUAAAUCCAGGCCGACGAUCCUGCAAUUGCUCAAUCACACGGCUGGGUUUUCCUACGAUUUCUUCAACGAGUUGACCUUGCAAUAUCGUAAGCACUCGGGUCGCUCACCCGCCGGAUACUAUAGCACUGGGCAAUGGAGUGAAUUCGAUACUCCUCUAGUUGCUGAUCCAGGCACGAACUAUAUCUACGGGACAAACACCGACUGGCUCGGCGUCGUGAUUCAAGCUGCCAGUGGUAUGCCCCUACCUGAAUACAUCGACAAGAACAUUUUGAAGCCCCUUGGCAUGAGUGAUAGCGGGGCAUAUCCAGUCCCAGGAAGAGACAGGUUGUUCGUGCACUACAAGGCUGACGACAAGCUGACUGGCAGAGAAGAUUUCGCGAGAAACGCCACAGAUCCAGAGGUUUGGGGAGGAGGAGCUUACCUAUACUCAACGAUGAAUGAUUUCGCGCAGUUAUUGAGUACUCUUCUCAACCAUGGAAUAAGCCCCGUCACUCAAAAGACCAUCCUUAAACCCAGCACUAUCCGAGAGUAUCUGUUCACGGACCAUUUGCCUUCACAUGUCGACAGGACACUCCUUGGUGAGAUCAGACCGAGUAUGCCGAGCCUUUCUAAUGGAGGAUCGCUGAUGUCGACCCUUCCUGUUGAAACGCGUGGCUGGUCCUGCGGACUGUUGUUGAAUCUGGAGGAUUUGCCUAAGGGACGGAGAAGGAUGAGUGGAUCCUGGGCGGGUCUGGGCAACCUGUACUUUUGGCUAGACCCACAUUCCAGAGUGGCAGGCAUGAUUUGUACUUCGAUGCUGCCAUUUAUGGACCCUGUCGUCCUCGACUUACGUGACCAGAUUGAGAGCAUAGCCUAUUCCAAGAUAUCAACUUCGGCGUGUUGA